AUGGAUUUUCCAUCUGAGCUGGAAGGCAGGGCCAGGGAGCAGAAUGAAACCCUCAUCAUCCAAGGGGAAAGGGCCAGCGACCUGCUGCGCCAUGAGUUUAUAGCAGUCAGCCAGCUGCGAGGAUCCACCCAGGGGAAGAUCCUCUGUUUUUAUGGCCCCCCUGGCGUUGGCAAAACCAGCAUUGCCCGCUCCAUCGCCAGGGCCCUGAACAGAGAGUACUUCCGCUUCAGUGUUGGAGGGAUGACUGACCAUCCUGAUGGGAAGCGCCGUUACAAUCGCUACCCCGGAGUCGCGGCGCGGAGGGGUCCCGUGAAUGCAGCAUCCAGCACCGGCCCCAGGAUGAGCGUGGAAGCGAGCAGCAAGCCCCUGAAGGUGGGCUCCAGGGUCGAGGUCAUCGGGAAGGGGCACCGCGGUACGGUGGCUUACGUCGGCGCCACCCUGUUUGCCACGGGGAAGUGGGUCGGUGUCAUCCUGGAUGAAGCAAAGGGCAAGAACGAUGGGACCGUGCAGGGCAGAAAAUACUUCACCUGUGAAGAAAACCACGGCAUCUUCGUGCGGCAGUCACAGAUCCAGGUCUUUGAAGAUGGAGCUGAUACAACGUCCCCAGAAACACCAGAAUCUGCUGCCUUGAAGGUCCCCAAAAGAGAUUCCCUGGACGCCGCCAAAGCCAGCAAACUGCGUGGAGCGAAGCCUAAAAAGACCACCGCCCGGCGGCCCAAGCCCACCCGGACCCCCAAUUCUGCAGCAUCUAGCGGCACGGCUGGGCCCUCGGGCUCAGCCUCUGCCUCCGGCGGGGAGAUGAGCAGCAGCGAGCCCAGCACGCCUGCUCAGACACCGCUGGUGGCCCCGGUUAUCCCAACGCCCUCCCUGACCUCGCCGGUGGCACCUCCGGUUCCCUCGCCCACAAAGGAGGAGGAAAAUUUGCGUUCUCAAGUCAGGGACCUGGAGGAGAAGUUGGAGACUCUGAAGAUAAAGCGAAAUGAAGACAAAGCAAAGCUUAAAGAGCUCGAGAAGUACAAGAUCCAGCUGGAGCAGGUGCAGGAAUGGAAGAGCAAAAUGCAAGAGCAACAGGCUGAUCUCCAGAAGCGUUUAAAGGAGGCCAAAAAGGAAGCCAAAGAUGCCCUGGAAGCCAAGGAGCGAUACAUGGAGGAGAUGGCAGACACCGCUGAUGCCAUUGAAAUGGCAACCCUGGACAAGGAGAUGGCAGAAGAGCGAGCAGAGUCCCUGCAGCAGGAGGUGGACUCCCUGAAAGAGAAGGUGGAAUAUCUCACCAUGGACCUGGAGAUCCUGAAGCACGAAAUUGAAGAGAAAGGCUCGGAUGGAGCAGCAUCCAGUUACCAAGUCAAACAGCUGGAAGAGCAAAACGCGAGACUCAAGGAAGCUCUUGUAAGGAUGCGGGACUUGUCUGCAUCAGAGAAGCAGGAGCACGUGAAGCUUCAGAAGCAAAUGGAGAAGAAAAACACGGAGCUGGAGUCCCUGCGUCAGCAGAGGGAGAAGCUUCAGGAGGAGGUGAAGCAGGCGGAGAAGACGGUUGAUGAGCUGAAGGAGCAGGUGGAUGCUGCUUUGGGUGCUGAAGAGAUGGUGGAGACCCUGACGGAGAGAAACUUAGACCUGGAGGAGAAGGUCCGGGAGCUGCGUGAGACGGUUGGGGACCUGGAAGCCAUGAACGAGAUGAACGACGAGCUGCAGGAAAAUGCCCGGGAGACAGAGCUGGAGUUACGGGAGCAGCUGGAUAUGGCGACGGCGCGGGUCCGCGAGGCAGAGAAGCGCGUGGAGGCUGCGCAGGAGACCGUGGCCGACUACCAGCAAACCAUCAAAAAAUACAGAGAGCUGACUGCACACCUUCAGGACGUGAACCGAGAACUCAUGAGUCAGCAAGAAGCAUCUGCCGAGAAACAGCAGCAGCCUCCCCCCGAGAUGUUUGACUUCAAGAUUAAAUUUGCCGAGACAAAAGCCCAUGCUAAGGCCAUCGAGAUGGAGCUGCGGCAGAUGGAGGUGCAGCAGGCCAACCGGCACGUCUCCCUCCUCACCUCCUUCAUGCCCGACAGCUUCCUGCGCCACGGAGGGGACCACGACUGCGUCCUGGUGCUGCUGCUCAUCCCUCGGCUCAUCUGCAAGGCCGAGCUGAUCAGCAAACAGGCUCAGGAGAAGUUUGAUCUGAACGAAAACUGUGCGGAGCGCGCCGGCCUCCGGGGCGCGGCGGGAGAGCAGCUGAGCUUUGCCGCCGGGCUGGUCUAUUCCCUGAGCCUCCUGCAGGCUACGCUGCACAAAUACGAACAGGCCCUGAACAAAUGCAGCGUGGAGGUGUACAAGAAGGUGGGGAUGCUGUACCCCGAGAUGAGCGUCCACGAGCGCUCGCUGGACUUCCUGAUCGAGCUGCUGCACAAGGACCAGCUGGACGAGACGGUCAACGUGGAGCCGCUGACCAAAGCCAUCAAGUACUAUCAGCACCUGUACAGCAUCCACCUGGCUGACCAGGCUGAAGACUGCACGAUGCAGCUGGCCGACCACAUCAAGUUCACCCAGAGUGCCUUGGACUGCAUGGGGGUGGAGGUGUGCCGGCUGCGAUCCUUCCUCCAGGCUGGGCAGGAGGCGUCCGACCUUGCCAUCCUCCUCAAGGACCUGGAGACCUCAUGCAGUGACAUUCGCCAGUUCUGCAAGAAGAUCAGGCGCCGCAUGCCUGGGACGGACGCGCCGGGUAUCCCUGCGGCGCUGGGCUUCGGGCAGCAGGUGUCGGACACGCUGCUGGACUGCCGCAAGCACCUGACGUGGGUGGUGGCCGUGCUGCAGGAGGUGGCCGCUGCUGGGGCGCAGAUGAUUGCUCCUCUGGCGGAGAACGAGGGGCUGCUGGCGGUGAAGCUGGAGGAUCUGGCCUUCAAAGCGAGCGAGCAGAUCUACGGCACCCAGGGCAUCAACCCCUACGAGUGUCUGCGUCAGUCUUGCAGCAUCCUCAUCGCCACCAUGAACAAGAUGGCCACGGCUAUGCAGGAGGGAGAAUACGACGCGGAUAGGCCACAGACCAAGCCGACCCCACCUGCUGACCUACGGGCAGCGGCUCUUCGGGCAGAGAUCACCGAUGCUGAGGGGCUGGGGCUCAAGCUGGAGGACAGGGAGACAGUCAUCAAAGAGCUGAAAAAAUCCCUCAAGAUCAAGGGCGAGGAGCUCAGCGAAGCAAAUGUGCGGCUCAGCCUCCUGGAGAAGAAGCUGGACAGCGCGUCUAAGGAUGCAGAUGACCGUGUGGAAAAGAUACAGACGAAGCUGGAUGAGACCCAGACGCUGCUCAAAAAGAAGGAGAAGGAGUUUGAGGAGACCAUGGAUGCUCUUCAGGCAGAUAUCGACCAGCUGGAGUCAGAGAAGGUGGAGCUGAAGCAGCGCUUGAACAACCAGUCAAAGCGAACCAUCGAGGGCCUGCGCGGCGCCCCUGCCUCUGGAGUUGCCUCCAUCGUCUCUGGCAUUGCCGGAGAGGAACAGCAGAGAGGUGUCGGUGCCGGCCAGGUGACGGGAGGCGGCUCAGGACCCGUCCAGGUGAAGGACUCGCCCCUUCUUCUCCAGCAAAUCGACGCCCUGCGGCAUUCCGUCAAGCACCUCAAGAACGAGAACAACCGGCUCAAGGGCGCCCAGAUGAAGAUGGAGCUGGCCAGCCUGGCGCCUCUGCAGGUAGCCAAGGUCUCCCUCCCCAAGAGUAAGCAGGGAGAAGGUCUGGCCACGCAGACGCUCUAUCGCAAGACCAGCCAGCUCCUGGAAACCCUCUACCAGAUGAGCGCCAACGCCAAGGUUGUGGACAUGAAGCAGACCAAGUCGGGGAUCCGCCUGCACUUCCACGCGCUGGUGAAGGGCCUGACCGCCCAGUCCGCCUCCAAGGCCCAGCUGGGCCUCGGCCACAGCUACUCCCGCGCCAAGGUGAAGUUCAACGUGAACCGCGUGGACAACAUGAUCAUCCAGUCCAUCAGCCUGCUGGACCAGCUGGACAAGGACAUCAACACCUUCUCCAUGCGCGUGCGGUGA